AUGAUGAAUUCAACAGGAGAAAUAAGAAAUUUAUGCUUAAAUGUUUUUAAUGCAGUUAAGAAAAAGUGUGAUGAAGACAUUGAAUCGAAUGAUGAUAAAAAAAGGAAUUGUGAUAAUAGCUCAGAUAUGAUAGAGAAGAUCAAAAAUAAUGAUGAUAUUGUUAUAGAUGAUAAUAAUAUAGAUGAUAAUGAUAUAAAUGAUAAUAAUAUAGAUGAUAAUGAUAUAAAUGAUAAUAAUAUAGAUGACAAUCAUAUAAAUGACAAUCAUAUAAAUGACAAUCAUAUAGAUGACAUCCAUAUAGAUGACAACCAUAUAGAUGACAACCAUUUAAGUGAUAAGAAAAAAUAUUACAAAUCCAAAAAAAAUGAACAAUAUAAAGAUAUAAACAAAUUAAACAAACAGUCUUCUUUAAUAAAUAAAAAAGAAGGGAAGGAUAAUACAUCUGUUCCUAUUAAUAGUAAAGGAAAAAGUAUAUCAAAAAGUAAUAGUAAGUGGAUGAAUGAAAUUAUCAAGAAAGAAUACAAUAAAAAGAAAAAUGAAAAGAACAAAAAAAAUAUCGAUGAUAAUAAAAAGAUAAAAGAUGAAAACAAAAAAAAAUAUGAAGAAAAUAAAAAAAAAUAUGAUGAAAAUAAAAAAAAAUAUGAUGAAAUUAAAAAAAAAUAUGAUGAAAAUAAAAAACUAUUUGAAGAAAAUAAAAAAAAAAGUGGAGAGAGCAAAAAAAAGAAUGAAUAUAAUAAAAAAAAUAAUUUAGAAAAUAAAAAAGAUGUUAAAUAUAAUUUUAAUAGAACUAAUUAUUUUGUUCCUAACGAAAUGAAUGAGAAAAUAUAUAAAAAUAAUUACACCAAUAUAGAAAAUAGAAAUGAAUUAAGAAAUAAUAUUCCUACAUAUACAAUGAAUGAUAAUAAUAAUAAUAAUAAUAUAAAUAGAAGUAAUAGAAAUGAAAAUAAUUUGUCUUUCUUAAAUUCAGGAUAUGAAGAAAAGUCAUCAUAUGUAUAUAAUUAUGAAGAGAAAUUAAAUGUGUCUUGUAGAUUUUUUAUAGAAGAAUCUAACCCAUAUGAAUUAGAUAUAAGAAUGUUAAAAGAAAAUUGUCUAACAGUUUUUGAACUUUUAUAUAGAGAAAAAAGAAAAUGGUGUUCACUAUAUAUAUCUACAACGAAUGGACCUAUGUCUAAUUUUAAUUAUCAUUUGUUUAAGAUAUUAUGUAGUGAUGAUGAGAUAUAUAUGUAUUUCUUCUUAUUCAAGAAAUUUAUUUUUUCCUGUUAUAUAUAUUUUAAUUUAGUAAGUAUACAAAUAUAUUCUAAUUUUUUGAAUAAUGAUGAAAAUGAAAUAUGUCAUGAUUUUAAGAAUGUAAUAAAUACAAACGUGGAACCAACAAAUAAUAAAAUUGAUAAGGUUUGUAAUGAUAUUGUUCAUAGUAAUAAUAAUAGUAAUAUGUCAUCUAAUACUUAUAAUAUAUCGAAAAAAAAAAAAAAUUUAACUUAUGAUAUAAAUGAACAAGAAAAAAAUAAAAUACAAGAUGAUAUAUUAUUGAAUAAAAAAAAUAAAUAUAUAUGCCCAAAUUUUUUUAGUAAUUCAACAAAUAUAUUAUCACAAAAUAUUAAUAGUUAUAAUAUAAAUAAUUCGAAUGGAUAUUCAUCAUUUCCUAAUACAUAUAGAGAUAAGAAUAAUAAUAUAUAUGAUGAUACAUAUGAUAAAAGAAAUUAUAUGUAUUUUAAAAAUAUGAAUAAUUUCUCAAAUAUUAAAGAUGAAGAUGAGAAGUUAUUUAAUUUUAUUUAUGAUCCUUCAAAACAUUUAUGUGGUAACAAAAUAAAUUAUUGUUCAAGUUAUUUUCAUUUUUUUGAUAAAAAUCAAGAAGAUAUUAAAAAAAAGUUACAGUUAUUUAUAAAUACACAUUCACCUACUAUGGUAAAUGUUACAGAGAAGUGGAAUAAUUUUUAUGAGAAUAAAAAUAAAAUAUACUCUUUUGUAGAAAAGUUUAAAGAUAUAAAAGUUUCUUCGAUUGAUCGUUUUAAGAAGGAUACAACAGAGAAAUUUAUAAAUGCCUUUGUUGAGACUUUUUCUUGCUCCAAUCGUAUUCAUUGGGGGAAUCAAAAGGAGGUAGAAGAAGACAAUGAUGGUGAUUAUGAUGAUAAAAAAAAGGAAGAGCAACAAGAAGAAGAAGAAGCAGAAGAAAUAGUAAAUCACGACAAUAAUAAUAAUGAUGGUAAUAAUAUGAAUGAUGGUAAUAAUAUGAAUGGUGAUAAUAAUAUGAAGGAUGGUAAUAAUAUGAAAGAUGAUAACAAAAAAAAUGAUGAUAACAAAAAAAAUGAUGAUAAUAAUAUAAAUGAUGAUAAUAAAAAUAAUAAUGAUGAAGAAGAAGAAGAAAAAAAAAAAAAAUCUAUCCACUUAUCAGCAACACAAUAUAUAUGA